UCCUCCUGACUCGGAUCCUCGUUGCUUUGCGGAUUUUAUUUCUGCAAAAAUCUACUAAUCUGACCUGUUAAAGCUGCACCGGACCAGGUGGGAACAUGUAAAACCAUGGUCCUCGCGGGGUUUUGGUUCGUGWUUUUUCUCCUCACGGCUUCAGCCUGCAGAGAUGAUGAAUACACAGCAGGGGAUGGACAGUGCUGCCCGCUGUGUGAGGAAGGGACGGUCGUGGACAAUGACUGUACACUUAUGAAGGGAACACAAUGCAGGCGGUGUAAGAUGGGGACGUUCAUGGACCGACCUAACGGCCUGAAAAAGUGYAUCCUCUGCUCCUCCUGUGACCCGGGCCACAACCUCGUCACCAAACAGGAGUGYUCUCCAACAUCUGACACAGUUUGUGAAGCUUCAGAAGGAUUUUUCUGUCAGAGUUUAACAUCUUCAGGAUGCAGUGAAGCAGAGAAACAUUCGGCCUGUAAACCUGGACAGAGAAUCAAAGAAGCAGGGACCARCAGGAAGGAUACAGUGUGUGAAAACUGUCAGGAUGGAUAUUUCUCCUCUGAGGGUUUGACCUGCUCUCUGUGGACAAAAUGCUCUGAAACUCAAACACAGGAGAAAAAUGGAAGUUCAGUCAGAGACGUGGUCUGCAGCAACCGAUCAACACGACAUUAUUAUUUUUUGUUUUUAACUUUUCUGCCCUUUUUUUCUUUGUUUCAUGACUUUUGGUUAUAAACAAAAAGUCAUUAUUUCAAAUAAUUAAUAUAGGGAAUGUUGUUAACAACAU